UUAUACUCCUUCUCUGCCUCUGCUCUCCUGCUUCAUCUUCUUCUUCCUCAGCUCCAAAUCCUCUCUUCUUGAAUGGAAAAUUAGGGUUUCUGAUUUGAAAUUGUUAAUUAGUAACCUCUAAUUUGUUAAUGGCUACUUCAACAUCUUCUUUGUUAUUACCGGAAGUAUCAUUUCUACAAACACAAACACAUCGUAGAAUCCGAAUUUCGUUGUCUAGAUUUCAUCAUUCUAAGAGAGUUUUGAAUUUCAGAUUGAGAGCAAGUAGAGAAGAUGGAGGUGUAGCUAUUAAAGAGGAAGAAGUGAGACAGAAUUUGAAUGGUUCUGCUGUUUAUUUGAAUGGGAAUGGUAAUGGAAGUUAUAAGAAGAUUUCUACUUCUAAUGGAAGUCUUAAUGGGAGUUUGAAUGGGAAUGGAAGUGUAAAUGGGAGUUUAAUGAAGUAUGGAAAUAGUAAGGUUGUGGAGAAUGAAUUGAAAGCCAAAAAGGAGGAGGAUGGAAGGAAGCAGAAAAUUGAAGAUAUUGGCGAAGAAGAAGCUUGGUUUAAGCAAGGUGGAAGAGAUAAGCUUGAGGUUUCUGUUGCACCUGGUGGUCGUUGGAAUAAAUUCAAAACUUACUCAACCAUACAAAGAAGUUUGGAAAUAUGGGGUUUUGUUAUAUCAUUUCUCUUCAAGGCUUGGUUUAACAACCAAAAAUUUGCCUAUCGAGGAGGAAUGACUGAAGCAAAAAAAGUUCUGCGGAGAAAAACACUUGCUAAGUGGUUAAAGGAAAGCAUUUUGAGACUUGGCCCUACAUUUAUCAAGAUCGGCCAACAAUUCUCCACAAGGGUGGAUAUUCUUGCUCAGGAAUACGUUGAUCAGUUGUCUGAACUCCAGGACCAAGUUCCACCAUUCCCAUCUAAAACUGCUGUGUCUAUAAUAGAAGAAGAACUUGGAGGCCCAGUGAACGAUAUUUUUGAUAGAUUUGAUUUUGAGCCAAUAGCCGCUGCUAGUCUUGGCCAGGUGCAUCGUGCAAGGUUGAAGAAUGAAGAAGUUGUGAUUAAAGUACAAAGGCCCGGUCUCAAGGAUCUAUUUGACAUUGAUUUAAAAAACUUGAGGGUCAUAGCCGAAUAUCUACAGAAGAUUGAUCCAAAGUCAGAUGGUGCCAAGAGGGACUGGGUUGCUAUCUAUGAUGAGUGCGCGAAUGUCUUGUAUCAGGAAAUUGAUUAUACUCAAGAAGCUACUAAUGCAGAACUGUUCGCAAGUAACUUCAAAGACAUGGAUUACGUGAAAGUUCCAUCAAUAUACUGGAAAUACACCACUCCACAGGUUUUGACUAUGGAGUAUGUUCCUGGGAUAAAGAUAAAUAGAAUAAAAGCUCUAGAUCAGCUCGGUGUUGAUCGCAAAAAGUUGGGAAGAUAUGCUGUUGAGUCUUACUUGGAGCAGAUACUAUCUCAUGGUUUUUUCCAUGCUGACCCUCACCCUGGAAAUAUUGCUGUUGAUGAUGUGAAUGGAGGUAGGCUCAUCUUCUAUGACUUCGGGAUGAUGGGAAGCAUAAGUCCAAACAUCAGGGAAGGCUUACUGGAAGCAUUUUAUGGUGUUUAUGAAAAGGAUCCAGAUAGGGUGCUUCAGUCUAUGGUUCAGAUGGGUGUCCUUGUACCUACUGGAGAUUUGACAGCUGUCAGACGAACAGCCCAGUUCUUUCUUAACACUUUUGAAGAGCGCCUUGCAGCACAAAGAAAAGAGAAAGAAGAACUUGCAGCAGCAGAAGCAGUAGUGGGCUUUAAACAGCCUUUGAGCAAGGAAGAAAAGAUAGCGAAAAAGAAGCAACGCCUUGCUGCAAUUGGAGAAGAUCUUCUGUCUAUUGCUGCUGACCAACCUUUUCGCUUCCCUGCCACCUUCACAUUUGUCGUCCGUGCAUUUUCAGUAUUAGAUGGUAUUGGGAAAGGCCUUGACCCUCGAUUUGACAUAACAGAAAUUGCUAAACCUUAUGCACUGGAGUUGCUAAGAUUUCGGGAGGCUGGUGUUGAAGUUGCCAUAAAGGACUUCAAGAAGAGAUGGGAGCGACAGAACCAAGCCUUUUACAACUUAUUUAGGCAGGCUGACAGAGUUGAAAAACUUGCUCAAGUUAUUCAACGUCUGGAGCAAGGAGAUUUGAAGCUCCGAGUUCGUGCACUAGAGUCUGAAAGGUCCUUCUUACGUGUUGCCGCGAUGCAGAAGACUAUUGGAAGUGCGGUAGCUGCUGGAAGUCUGGUUAACCUUGCUACCAUUCUGUAUUUCAACUCUGUUCGGAUGCCUGCUGUAGCAACAUAUAUGUUCACCGCAUUUUUCAGCAUACAAGUCCUCUUUGGCCUUCUAAAGGUCAAAAAGUUGGAUCAGCAAGAGAGGUUGAUAACUGGCACGGCUUAAAUGUCUUUUUGCUGGAAAGUCCAUCUUGUUUAGGUUGGAAACAAGUUCAUAUUGUGGAAAGAGAAGUCUACGAACUUGUGAUGGGGUAUAAAGAGGAGUUCUCUACGCCAACAUGGAGUAUGAAUUUGAGGGUAUGUUUUGUUUACUGAUACCCUCUACUUUUCAUGAAGCAAUUCUUCACUUGCGGCCAUGGGUUCUCACUUCUCACAGAGCACUGUAUAGUCUCCUAUAUAUAUGAUUGCAUAUGAUAAGCUCAUUUUUAUGUUUAGGCUUAGAAAAUAAUCAACUUUGUAAAUGAAUUGCAUCACUAUAUCAAUGGGGAUUGCUCCCAAAUACUAGCUUCAGCUUAGGUUAAAUUAUAUUAGGCCUUUGUUCUGAGUAUCAUGUAAACCUUGAUGGUACUUGCUCACCAUCCAUAAGGCGUCUUGUUGCUAAAAUAUGUAUCCAAACAACAGUUAGUUUGUUGUAUUAUAAUGUAUUUAUCUGAAUCUUUGAAAUAUACAUUUUUUUCCAUUCCCCUGAA